AACUGCUGCUGGUUUUGCAACGCCGGGCUGCCAGUUAUCCUUUCACAUUUUUGUGGGCUUCCCAUAACUCGUGUUUGGCGUGCUUUCCUCGCCAAAAUUUUCCCUUCUGCUCGAGGCAACUUGUAGAUGACCCGGUCCUAAUCUGGCUAUGUGCUGACUUUGUCAGCUCGGGGAAGAAACUGCAUUUGUUUCCGGAGCCAUCAAGUCAAGUCACCGGGUCAAGUCAUCCUUCGCACUCUGCUGGCAUCCUGGACGGAAUCACUGUCAUUCUCGAGGACCUCAAGCUCUUAGUGCUCCUGUGACUCACUGCUUGAAGUCCUUUCUUUCGUACUGUACUGCUCCGGAAUUUGUCUGCGCCGUAGGGUCCUUCCGUUCGAAAUCCGGAUUGGCUACAAAGUAUCAUGCCUGAACACCAAAUCGAGCAUGAGGAUUUGGAGUUGUGCAAGUCUUUACAGGCGGAGGAGUGCGAGGUCUUAGAGUCCAUCUAUCCAGAUUGUCUCUCCGGGGAUUACUCGAAAGGAUCUCUCCGUCUCGAGAUUCCAGUGGAACUCUCUGAGCCUCAUUCACUCGUAUCGGCAGAAGAUCAGAACCUAGCUUCGUUGUCCAUGUUACCUCCACUACUACUGGAUAUCCUUUUACCGCCAAAUUACCCUCUUCAUGACCCGCCUCAGAUUCUGUCACUAUAUGCAACAUAUUCGUGGUUACCGCCUAGCGUUAACUUGAUGCAGCGCCUGUUAGAUAUGUGGCAAGCAGGGGAAGGCGUUCUGUAUUCAUGGAUCGAAUGGAUACGGGGUGGUAUAUUUCUGGAGGAGUUGAAGUUUGUUUCUACUCGGGGUUCUGAACCAAUACUACGCAUACCCCAUCCGGAAUUGGAUCUACUAACAAACAAACUAGUCGGGUACGAUACGUCAACACAACUAAUGCGCUUUUCUCAAAACUCUUACAACUGUGAAAUAUGCCUGUCUUCAAUCAAGGGGGCACGGUGUAUAUUGCUUUCAUGUUCACAUGUCUUUUGUCGGUCAUGUUUGGAGGACUUUUGGAAGUUAUGUAUUACGGAAGGAGAUGUGGGGCGAGUAGGAUGUCCGGACCCGAAGUGUGUAAAGGAGGGCAGGGAGGCGAAUGAAGAAGAGGUCAGACGAGUCGUCACUGAAGAGGAGGUUCAACGGUGGAAAUGGUUACGGCAGAAGAAGGCCAUGGAGAAAGAUCCCACGAUAGUACAUUGCCCGCUAUUAUUGUGCCAGACUCCUGUGCCAAUGGGGGAGAAUGUAGAAGAGGGCUCGGGAUGGGAACGGUUCCGUGAAUGUUCCAAUUGCGGCUACUCGUUCUGUGCAUAUUGCAAGCGGACAUGGCACGGUGCACAUAGUCAAUGUCCCCUGGAGUUCACCGACUUUCUGGCUCAGAGAUACCUCGAUCUUGCGGAAGACUCUUCGGCACGCAAGGAGAUGGAGACUCGGUAUGGUCGAAGCAACCUUAUGCGGAUGGUGGUGCACUACCAAGAAGACCAGGAGAACAUCAAGUGGAUCAAACAAUCGACGACGGCAUGUCCUGUCUGCGAGAUUCGGGUGGAAAAGUCCUCCGGCUGCAACCAUAUGAAGUGUUUCAAAUGCGGACACCACUUCUGCUACCGGUGCGGGGCGAAGUUGAGGGCAAACGACCCAUAUGCGCACUAUAGAAAUCCGGGGACACAGUGUUAUUCGAAGCUGUUUGAUCGAGUAGACGUAGAUGACGAAUGGCAGCCAAUGGAGGCCUUUGACGUGUUGGAAUAAAUAAAAUUUGACUAUGCUAGGAG